AUCGGUGGGGAGUGACAAGAUGGAGGCGCGGUGGCUUCAACACAACACCCCUAACAUUAUCUAGUGUAUUUAUAUGACUCGUUGAAUAGAACCACGCGGACGACUUUGUCGCUCUCUUUUUUUAAAUGAGGUUUCCCCUAAUCAUUCGUCAGAAGUUGGAUCAAAACAUUUUUUUUCCGUAAGGGGUAUUUCAGUCACUCGUCUAUUUAUUCAAGUUGUGGAAACUUAUCUAGUUGCGGUCAGUUCGUGAACUUGGAUCUUGCCGCUUUACACUCAGUUCGGGGUUUCGGGAGAGAACUAGGAUGUCGGCGGUGAAAGCGCUGCAACAGUGGUGUAAGAUCCAGGUUCAGGGUUACAGAGAUGUCACGAUCACCAAUAUGACCACCUCUUUCAGGGACGGGAUGGCUUUCUGCGCCCUCAUUCACCGAAACAGACCCGACCUCAUUGACUUUGAUUCCCUGAUGAAGGAGAAUGUCUAUGACAACAACCACCUGGCGUUCCGGGUAGCGGAGGAUGAGUUGGGGAUCCCAGCUCUGUUAGAUGCUGAGGACAUGGUGGCCCUGAAGAUACCAGACAGACUCAGUAUUCUGACAUAUGUCUCACAAUACUACAACUACUUCCAUGGCAAAUCACCAAUUGGCGGCAUGGCGGGGAUAAAGCGUCCAGCGGAGGCAUCCACAGAAGAGGGGCCUGCUGGGAAAAAGAACCAAGCAGUUGUCUCCAAGGUCUUCCCCGCCUCUACCCCCUCUAAAUCCGCUACUGAGAACCGCCCUCCCCCCUCCUCCUCACCCAAAGCCUCAAUCAGACCAGACAGGGCAGCACAGAAGGAUGUGUUGUCGGAGCGAUCCAAUAAGACGGGGACUCUGAGCAGUAAGUGCUCCGUGUGUAAUAAACACGUUCAUCUGGUCCAGAGACACCUAGUGGAUGGGAGGCUGUAUCACAGGAGCUGUGCCAGGUGUAGUGAGUGUUCCACCACUCUACUGUCUGGUAACUGUAAACCUGGACCAACACCAGGCUCCUUCAUCUGUACCUCCCACCACCAUCCCCAGGGGGCGCUGCCAACACACACCCCUCUCCGAGACCUGCCCAAAAACAACCCUACUACCACUUCUUCCUCCAAAUACACCUCUCACCCUCCUCCCACUGUCAAGACCACCCCUCUCUCAUACCUGCCCAAAAACAACCCUACUACCCCUUCUUCCUCCAAAUACACCCCUCACCCUCCUGCCACUGUCCAGACCACCCCUCUCUCAUACCUGCCCAAAAACAACCCUACUACCCCUUCUUCCUCUAAAUACACCCCUCACCCUCCUGCCACUGUCCAGACCACCCCUCUCUCAGACCUCUCCAGGAAUACCCCCGGAGCCAAAUACACAGACCCCCGAAAUCCACCCCAGCUCCGACACCCACCAGUACCCCCUCCAAAUUUGUCCCUAGCUGGCUGCCCGGGGCUCUCCUCCCUGGGCAUAGUGAGCCCUGCAGCCCCUGGACCCACCGCAGUCCCACGGAACUUCAACACGACUUCAACUACCCAGCAGGCCCGGCUCCAGUUCUUCCAAUCUGGGAACACCACCACUGGGCAGGAGAACCAGGGCAAGACCCAGACUCCGGGACAGGCACCGAGUCUACCCACAAAUAGAGUCCCGAAUGCUGGCACACAGGGGACAGUAGUGGGGGUUGGCCAGGGUGUGAGUGUGGUAGUGAGUUUGGGUGGCAGUGGGGUAGGGGGUAAGGGAGGGGAUAAGGGUGUGAAUGUGGUGCUAGGUGGGGACAGGGAUGUGGUUCAGGGUAGAGGUAGAGUUGUCUUCAAGGUGGAUAGUGAUGUGAAAGUCUCUCCAUCUAAAGAAGACUGCAGUACCAAGAUCCAGGCUGCUGCUGUCAUCACUAAGAAACUAACAGAGAACACCACAACAACAGCUGGUGCUGUCAUCACUAAGAAACUAACAGAGAACACCACAACAACAGCUGGUGCUGUCAUCACUAAGAAACUAACAGAGAACACCACAACAACAGCUGGUGCUGUCAUCACUAAGAAACUAACAGAGAACACCACAACAACAGCUGGUGCUGUCAUCACUAAGAAACUAACAGAGAACAACACCACAACAACAGCUGGUGCUGUCGUCACUAAGAAACUAACAGACAACAACACCACAACAGCUGGUGCUUCAAGUCCUCCGUGGCAUCCUGUAGGACUGAAGAAGACCGAGAACAGACCUGCCCCUGCUGAAACGCCUAAGAAAGAGACGGAGACUCCUAAAAAGGAGACUGGGGGCAGAGUUAAGCUAAAAGCAGACCCGUCUCUCCUCGCCCCCCUCACCCCCAACACCUCCACCCCGACCCCAGCCAGCAGAACAGGCCUGUGGAACAAAACCCUGGAUAAAGCACCCGGAGCUGCUUCUCCCAGCAACACUAUGGUAAUCUGUGAGGUCUGGUCACCUGGGUGUGAGGUUCCAGCCGUUGUAGAAGGGUCACCUGGGUGUGAGGUUCCAGCCGUUGUAAAAGGGUCACCUGGGUGUGAGGUUCCAGCCGUUGUAAAAGGGUCACCUGGGUGUGAGGUUCCAGCCGUUGUAGAAGGGUCACCUGGGUGUGAGGUUCCAGCCGUUGUAGAAGGGUCACCUGGGUGUGAGGUUCCAGCCGCUGUGGAAGGGUCACCUGGGUGUGAGGUCCCAGCCGCUGUGGAAGGGUCACCUGGGUGUGAGGUCCCAGCCGCUGUGGAAGGGUCACCUGGGUGUGAGGUCCCAGCCGCUGUGGAAGGCCGUCCCCUAGUGCAGCAUGAAGUCCAUGCUCAGUCCCACCCCCUAGCCCCGGAUGACCAUUCCUCCUCCUCUUCCUCCUCCUCCUCCUCCUCAGUCCUACUGAUCCUCAGACUCUCGUACGAAAGGCCUGUAGGACCUAAAGACUCCUCUCCCCUCCACCCUGACAUUCAGAAGGCUGAAACCCUGUCUCGGCCCUGGGCCGGUGGAUCAGGAAACGCCCAGGCUUCAGUCCCUGCUGGGUCUACUCUGUCUCCCUCCAGCCCCCCAGAAGCCUCCUCACCCAGCCCUCUGAACACCGGCCCUGGGACAUGGGGCGUCCUGACAGGGAAGAGCUCAACGACAGCCAACGGCUCCAACACAGACACCAAGACACCUAAACCAGUUGUCUGUACUGGAGAGGGGAUGUGGGUGUGGAGUGUCUUUAAUAUUUCUCAAGUGUUUCAUGACCUUGAACUCUGUCAAUAUGUCUUUAAUAUCUUGAAGUCUGCUUUUAAAUUCCACUGUGUUGGUAAUCGUGUGUGUGUGUGUGUGUGUGUGUGUGUGUGUGUGUGUGUGUGUGUGUGUGUGUGUGUGUGUGUGUGUGUGUGUGUGUGUGUGUGUGUGUCAGAGGGAGAAGAGGAUGUGGUGAUGGAUGACCUGAUGGUGGAAUGGUUCAACCUCAUCAGAAACAAGCAGGUGUCCAUGAGGAGAGAGUCUGAACUGGUCUACAUAGCGAAGACACAGGACUUGGAGGAACAGCAGCCCAGUGUAGAGCAGGAGCUGAGGAGACUCAUGGACAAACCUGAGCGGCUGAAGACGUUGUGGGACCGUCGUAGAGAAGAGGAGUUGAUGGUCAAGCUGGUGGAGAUCGUCAAUGACAGAAACGCCAUCAUAGACGGACUGGACGAUGACAGACUCAGGGAGGAUGAGGAAGAUGAGCAGCUCAAUAAGAUGAUGAAGACCCUAGACACAAAGAAAGAAAAGAAGAAGAAGAAGUCAAGCUUUAAGUUGUUUGGUAGAAACAAGAAGGAGGGAUGAUCUCACAGGGAGGAACUCUGGGAUACACUGUUACCCUGCUUGAGAUGUGGUUAUCACUGUUACCCUGCUUGAGAUGUGGUUAUCACUGUUACCCUGCUUGAGAUGUGGUUAUCACUGUUACCCUGCUUGAGAUGUGGUUAUCACUGUUACCCUGCUUGAGAUGUGGUUAUCACUGUUACCCUGCUUGAGAUGUGGUUAUCACUGUUACCCUGCUUGAGAUGUGGUUAUCACU